UAAUAUCUCGUGGUAUCAGCUUUGAGGGGGAAAAAAAAUUGUAUUGGUCCAACAUUCUUUUUACGGCUUAUAUUUUGCCAUUUGUUCAACUGGCAUGUUGUAAUUUAGUAAUAAGCUUAAAUCUUGAAAAGGGCAUUUCAGAACCUACUAUAAACAAUUGGAUAGAUGUGACUAUGGAGAUUUAUAAGAUGGAAAAGUGGGUGCAAUUUGUCAAACCUCAGACCUGAUUUUGUUAAGAUAGUGAACUGAAGGAACAUCCGUUUAUUUGUCUGUCCCUUUCGUACACUGUACUGUCCUGCAACAUGUAUAGAAUAGUGUGAGACCAAACUGCUACAAACUUCCAUAUUACUUUAAUGUCAAAUACUCAACCUCCCUCUCUGGUUGUAAAUAGUUAUGUUGUGUUAUAUCUUAAGAGACACUUUAUAAAAAUGUUGAAAUAUCCAUCUGUGCUCACUAUACUGUUAUUAUUUUUAUUGAAAUACUGAAAAGUAAGAUUUUCUACAAUGAAAACUUAAAUUAAGAAAAGUAGCAAAUUAUACAAUAAAAUGCAGCCAAUAAAAAUGUGUUGGGAUUUGAAUUUGAUCUGUGACACGUGAAUACUGGCUAAUAAUAAGCCAGACAUUAGUACAACUCUCCUGGUUCCUCACCCUGCAGUCCAAAAGGACACACUCACUGUCAAACUUGGACAGUCUAGUUUCCAUCCAGAAUGACUCCUCUUUUUGCAUUUCUAUAGUACAUAACUGGUAAAGCAAAAAAAAAAAAAAUCAUAAUAGUAUGCCUACUUUCUUUUCUGGAAUAUAGAAGGAAGUUUCCUCAAAACAGCUGUAUUAUCAAACUUCCUGUAAUGCUUGUUUCAGCAGUUUUGUUUUCAGAGAAAUGAUAACCUAUAAAAAGGAGUUACACCCGCACUCACACAACACAAAAGAUCAGACCCCUGACGGCAGCAGACUGACACAGGAUGAUGAAGAUGUCAGGAAGAGUCACUGGUUGCUGUGUAACUCUGUUGCUUGUCCUGACCUCGGUUUCGGCGGUACAAAAACUCCGUUCAAUCAAUGCUUUGAAGAAAAUCAACUUUGGCCAAUCUGUGCCCAAGCAUAGUCUUAUGCUGCUCCACUGGUUCGCCAACGUAGUUGACAUCGACAAUAACAACGUCAUCUCGCUGACCUUUGACCCAAACAGUGGAGAUUAUGGCUCACAUCAUUAUGGCAACUUUGAGGAGUUGUUGGACCCACUACCUCAAGGAAAUGUCAGAUACUACACUGUUGGCAAUCUCAAUCAAAACACACCCAUGCAACUUCCAUCUUAUGUUGUCCGUCCACCAAGGGAGUAUUUGGGAAGAAACAGAGACAGGAUCAUCAUUAGAGUCAGGGAGCAGAACACCGGUUUGCAGAGGAUCGAACAAGUGUAUAUCACACAGCAUUACGAGCCUUCUGAAAAUCAGGGGACACCUUAUGAUCCAGCUCACACCUACCAGAUCACUACUAACCUCUUGAGACAGAUCAGAGAGUUUUCUGUGGGAGAAAACCAACAGACACUGACUCACCUCAGAAACCAAUUUGGAAGUAACGCUGAUGAGUUUCAGUUAAGGAACAUCAUAAUCAAAUGGGGUGACCUUGCCUGUCUAGGACUGCUCUUGUUUAUUGUGAUCAAAGAAAAGUACCCCUCCAACCAACACAACAACAGACCGGAAAACAAUGACAGACCAGAAAACAACAACAACAACAACAGACUGGAAAUCGAUAACAGACCCGAGAGACAAAUUCCUUGUGGCCGUGAUGUUUUCGCAAUCUGCUGUUUUUUUAUAGUUAUUGUAGCUUUAAUAAUUAUUUUUUUGUGCAUUUUUUUUGCAACUAGAUGAGGAAUGAGGGAGAGCAACGUCCUUGGAUAUUGUCUAAAUAAAGUUGCUAUGGAAGUGCUUUUCAAGGACAGUGAGGACCAUGAAGCCAGCGGGACAGUGACCUUUUUCUUUUGGCAUUGGAAACAAAACCUGAACUGAAAAAGAACACUGGCAUUGAAACACUUUCAAUAAAAGAAUGACACAUUUGUUCAUGCACAUAUGUUUUUAAAUCACAAUCUUUAUUUUCUUUUGUUCAUGGUUUUCAGCUACAAUUCUCUGUCUGUAGGAGUGUAGGGGAGGGGUUUGAGAGAAGUGGCCAAGCAGAGAGUGAUUUAAUUUUGUGUACUAUAUUACCCACUUAUAUAAGUGGUAUUCAGUUUAGAUUGAGAUUUAGGCUCAAUAUCUCUUGUCAUUAAAAGGACAGAUACUUUACACCACUCAUCUGAAAUUAAUGACUCAUAAUGCACUGGCAUGAUCAGAAAGCUCCAGGCUUCAUUCACGCAACACUUCAUUCACUGUCAACACUGCUCUAGCAUGUCUGAUCUAGUAGUAAUGAUUUACCGCUGAUUCAUCCUGUGUGAUAGAUGAAGAGAAGGUAAAUUGUUCAAAUAGAUAAAUGAUACAGAUAAGUGAAAGGCUUUACGGUCUGAUAAGGACUGCCUUCACUGAUAAGUGAAAUUUACUACGUCAAAAAUUGUGUGCGUUUAUUAAACUAAUUUUUCAGUGA